UUGAAGUCAACUGCCCUACAAGCAGCAAAGUCGCCAAGCAUUGGGUUUUCGCACCGUUUUCACGUUUCUCUGGUCAAUCGCAGAGUUCCUCUAUGCAUCGCAGAGACGAUGUUAGGCCAACACUACCCAAGCACCGACAAGUCGCAACAAAUGGCCAACUAUGUGGAAGAUUACCUGGAAUGUGUGGAGUCUCUGCCUUUGGACAUACAAAGAAAUGUUUCGCUGCUUCGGGAAAUCGAUGCCAAGUACCAAGAGGUCUUGAGAGAGGUAGAUGAAGUGUUUGAGAAGUACAAGGGCGAGCAGGAUGCAGCUCAUCGGAAGCGCCUGCAGGUCCAGCUACAGCGAGCUCUGAUCCUCAGCCAGGAGCUGGGCGACGAAAAGAUCCACGUGGUGACCCAGAUGACGGAGCUGGUGGAGAACCGCUCCCGGCAAAUGGACGCACACUCCCUCUGCCUCCAAGAGUCAAGCGAAGCAGAGAGGCCGCAGGCUGAGCGGCGGACCAGCAUCCAAGAUGCCGCGUCUCAAGAACGCACCUCCACACGUCGGCCGCGACGCCAACGCAACAGCGAGAGCCGGGAUUCCAACCACCCAUCGGCCAACGGGUCUCUCAUAGAUGAUCCAGUGGAGGAGCUCCCCAUCCCACCUCCCAGGGAGAAGAAGUCCAAAUCUGCCAAGAAGAAGAAGCGAAAGUCGAAGCAAGAGCGGGACGCCUCACCGGUGGACUUCGCCAUCGACCCCAACGAGCCCACUUACUGCCUCUGUGAGCAGGUGUCCUACGGGGAGAUGAUCGGCUGUGACAACGAGCAGUGUCCCAUCGAAUGGUUCCACUUCUCUUGUGUGGGUCUGACCUACAAGCCGAAAGGCAAGUGGUACUGCCCUAAGUGCAGAGGGGACAAUGAAAAGACCAUGGACAAAAGUCUUGACAAGAACAGAAAGGACCGGCGCUCCAGGUAGUGAGCCACGUCAGGACCACCGCAACUGGACCGCAGACUGUCGAAGCACAAUCGAGCAGCAGUCGUAGCUGCGCUGAACGAAUCAAGCCGGAGCUUAGAUCGAGCGUGCGCUGACCACCGCGACCCGCUGCCCAGAAUCAUCAGCCGUCAUCACUGUCAUGCAGUUACUUUGUGAGAUUGUUGGUUUGGAACAUGCGUCGGAUGCAUCUGCCCAGGAUUUACCUCGAACAACCCGAUCAUGCCAAACAGAGGACCGCAGCUCUGUACAGAUUAACCUAAAGAGCAGGAUUUUUUUUGUAUUUGGCAUUUUUGUUUUCGAUUAAAAUAUACUUCAUUUCAAUUCAAAUGAACCAUCAAGAGCUACUCGAAGUGUAUAUGGAAGAGGAUUUUACAGAAAUGUCUUCAGAGCGAUAUUUAACUUUGAAUCAUGAUAAUCGACGCUUGAUUAGAACACUUAAACGGGACGUCAUGUUUUCACUUAUAGUUGUGUACAUUUUUCAUAUUCAUUAAAAACUUAGCAAAUCAAGUCACUCUCUUGUAUUCAUCAACUUUACCUACAAUCCAUACUACACUAAUUCCUGAUGACGAUAAAAGCAAAAACUUCAACAGCAUAAAGGAGAUAUGAGAAAAUAAUAGAUCAGUCAGUGCAGCAUUCAAAGAGUCAAGCUUGAUAAUGAGGAUAUGACUUCUUGGUUCUGGGUUCAGUGCUGCUGCAACAGUGAUAGUUAUCAAAGUUGCACUUGCAGAAAGGGAAGUAAGAAGUUGCUAGCUUUGA